AUGGGUUCAAAAUCAAGUAAACAACAACAACAACAACAACAACGUAGUACUAUUAGUGGAAAUAAUAGUACUAGUGUACUUGGAAACAAAAAUACAAGAAGAAGAGACUUGGAAAAUGAAGAAGAAGAAUCAUCUGACGACAGUGAUGAAGCAGAUGAUAUAUGUGACAAAAAUAAUAAUAAUAAUAAUAAUAGAAAUAAUAAUAACAAUAAAUUAUUAUCCUCUUCAUCCUCUUCCACGUCACUAUCUCCAUCCUCUUCAUUUUUAUCUUUGGAAAAUGCAGUCAAUGUUGCGGGUAGUAGAUUGACCAAACUACCAAAUAUUGUAAUUGGUAAUAUAUUCCAUGUGAUUGAUAAUAACCGUGAUAAACUUGCUUUGUUUAAUACUUGUAAAAAGAUGAGAAGUCUUAGAAACUUUCUCUACUUUUCAAAUAUUGACAUUGCACCUCCUCCCUAUGGUCGUGAUUAUGAUUAUGCCUUUUUGGAUUGUGCUGAAAUGAUUACACUUCCUCUAUCCAUUUAUAAUCAUUUCAUUUCAACCCUAUAUCAUUUACCUGCUUUCAUAAAUAAUAAUAAUAUUGGUAAUGAAGACGAAAAAAGACAAAUCAAAUUAAAAUCGUUGACUAUUUAUGAUUUUGAAGCUACUGGUAUUGAUUUGUCAACAUUACCUAAUUUUAUCAAUUGUAUUACUUUGGUUGGUCCAUUUAAUUCUUCCGUUGGAAUGGAAAAUAAUAAUAAUCAAUUAAAUAAUAGUAUCAAUAGUUUAUUAAGUAGUAAUGGUAUAACUCGUCAAAGAGAAUUUAUUAUACCUGAUCAUGUUACUUCUCUAACUCAUUAUUAUACUGGUAUGAAACAACAUUAA